GCUCGUGGGGCCGCGCCUGCACGUCUUCCGCGUCUGUCCGUCCGUCCGCCUACCGGAGUCCACGCCAUGGUACCCGGCUCGGUCUUACCCCGGCUGCUCGGCGCAGGUGUCCGGCGCUGGCCGCUCCAGCUGCACCUCGUCCAGACGGCGACCCCGGGCCCGAUGGGACCGAGCGGCAGGACGCUGGGGAGCGCCGUGGCCUCCGCGGCCCGGGAGCCCGAGCGCAGCAGCGAUCUGAACGAGAGGAUCCUGAGCGAGCCCCUCAAGCACUUAGACUUCUUCAAUGUCAAGGAAUUGUUUUCUGUAAGAAGUCUCUUCGAUGCCCGGGUGCACCUGGGACACAAAGCUGGCUGUCGGCACAGGUUCAUGGAGCCGUAUAUCUUCGGGAGCCGCUUGGACCAGGACAUCAUUGACCUGGAACAGACGGCGACGCACCUGCAGCUGGCCUUGAAUUUCACGGCCCAUGUGGCCUAUCGCGAGGGCAUCAUCCUGUUUGUGAGCCGCAGUCGGCAGUUCUCACACCUGAUCGAGAACGUGGCCCGGGACUGCGGGGAAUACGCCCAUACCCGCUACUUCAAGGGCGGCCUGCUGACCAAUGCGCCCCUCCUCCUGGGCCCCAGCGUCCGCCUGCCAGACCUCAUCAUCUUUCUGCACACGCUCAACAACGUCUUUGAGCCCCACAUAGCCGUGAGGGACGCGGCCAAGAUGAACAUCCCCACCGUGGGCAUCGUGGACACCAACUGCAACCCAUCCCUCAUCACGUACCCCGUCCCGGGCAAUGACGACUCGCCCCCGGCCGUCCAGCUCUUCUGCAGGCUCUUCCAGACCACCAUCAACCGGGCCAAAGAGAAGCGCAAGCAGGUCGAGGCCCUGUACCGACUGCAGGGCCAGGAGGGCGCCAAGGGCCGCGGCGCAGCCGACCCUCCUUCCCCGGGAGUGCAGGCCGAGCUGGACUUGGGUCAUUCCCCUUGACCUGCCUGCUCUUCUCCCGAGUGAAACAGCAGCCGAGUCU